AUGAAUGCAACUUCGCAAAUAGAUAGUCAACUAUCAAAUAUUGAUUCUUGCCGAUCGAAAUCGGAUAUAGCAGCUGCACUAUUUAAAGCUAAUAUCAAACAAAUAUGGCAAAUUUUAAGCGUUUUAUUGUUGUUUAUCAUUCUUUGCUCUCUUGUUGGAUUGAUCUUAAUUAUUAUUGCCGACAGAACCGAUAAUUCAAACAUGAUUCUUCUUGGUUUCAUUCUAUUAGCAAUCGGACUUGUUUUGGGAUUUGCCUUUUUAAUUAGUUAUUGCUUAUAUAAACCAUCAAAUAUGAAAAAUAUGGAGCUUUGUGUGCUCGAAUUAAAAGAUGAACAAUGGUCUCGUUAUCUUGCUUAUUUUUUCGCUAAAAAAAAUCAAUACAUUGGUUGCUCGAGGUGUCGAAUUGUCUGUAAAACACGGAGAAAAGCGCUUGAACACAGAGGUUUUGGUCAUGUUGUGAUUAGUCGAUCUGGAUUUAUGAUUGAUGAACUAUAUUAUGCAACUUUUGCAAUGUACAGUGUAUUAAAUGUUGAUCGUCUAACAACAAAAGAUGAGAGUAAUAUCGAAGAUUCAUUGAUUCGUUUACAGAUAGCUCCUCGUCUUCGAUAUGCAACAUUCAUGGGCGAGAUACGUAAAUUUAACAUCGAUAUAUUUAUUCCACCUAAUUUACCUUCUGAUUAUAUAACAAAUAUUAUGACAUAUUUAUCAUCAAAAGGUGAUAUUUUAUAA